AGACUUGGUAUUUUGGCUUUCACUGAUGAUGGUAACAUUUUCAGUUAACACAGGUAAACCUGCAGUGCUCUUGCAGUCAAUGGCUUACCAGGCAGAGAUGGAAGAGGUGGUCCCAAAGCUGACAAAGGAGAACCAGGGGUCAACUCUCAAAACCAGAAAUUGUGCUUGCAAGAGUUGUCUACUAAUCUGACGGUCAUAACUUGGUUGCUUCAUACUCACCAGGUCCCAGUAACAGAAUUCCCCCAAGGCAUGAUUUGUUAUUUAGAAAAUCUCCAGUACAGUUAGAAAUUUAUGAAGCUUCUUGUAACCUUAUGUUAAGACUGUGUUCAGAAGGAUUUACAUCAUUCAAAUGGGAUCUAUACAAACUGCAAAACUAUUUGCAGGGAAGUCUGUGCCUUUAGCACUACCAAAGUGGCUCUACCUUUUGGCCUAUAGCCUGGAGACAUGAGGAAAGAAAUAUUGUUUCUGGAUUGCAGUUUGACCAAAAAUGCCCAGGAAAAGAAAUAAUGCAGAAGAGCCUGGAAACCUAGCUGGCCUGAGCAAUCAUGUUGUCUUACUCAUCCUACAUGCUUACAGCAGUAGCUGCUUUGCUAGUGACUUGCAAUGCACUGCCUAAAUAUCCAGGAAUCCCUGGGCUGGCUAGAUUCCUUGGGCUGCCUGGCAGAGACGAUCUGACAGGACAGACACGUCUAUCAGGUCUCAGAGGAGCCCCUGGAAGCCUGGUGGGGCCUCCUGUAAACCAACUUACUUGUCCACAAGGUCUACGUAAUUCUCUGAACACUGAACUCCACAAAGUUUUAGUAAAUUUGAAACACCGACUUUCCAGAAUUAAAGGCGUGCUUGUUUUGAAGGAGAAAAUAAGAGAAGUAGGAGAAAAAAUACUUGCCAGCAAUGGGAAAAAAGUUGAUUUUGCAUCUGCAUUAGCAUCCUGUGAAGACGGUAGAGGAACUCUUGCAACUCCUAUGAAUGAAGAGGAGAAUAAAGCUAUUUUGAGUAUUGUGAAAAAGUAUAACCAGUAUGCUUACCUGGGCAUUAAAGAGGGUGAGGAUUCAGGCCAAUUUAAGUAUCUAAAUGGCAUGCCUGUGAAUUAUACCAAGUGGCACCGAAAUGAGCCUAAUGGCAAAAGGACAGAAAAAUGUGUAGAGAUGUAUACAGAUGGGAGCUGGAAUGACAAAAAAUGCAAUCUGCCUCGCCUCACAAUCUGUGAAUUUUAAAGAAUGACCUUUCAGCCACCUCAGAGAACCAAGACAAUGAAAUAUCCUGUGUUUCGGGUUUAUGCAGCUUCUGAAAUUAUUCUAUGUCAGAAAAUCUAAAAUUAAUCAUAUUAUGGUAAUUUUUAUCCUUAAGAAAGCAUCAAAUGUGGUAUGUGAUUAACAUAAUUAAAAUGUAUCUAAUCUGA